GCAUGCUGAUUCCUGGACGGGAAAUCUUUAACUGCCGACGUUGAUCGCGGGAAAACGCAAACCAAGAUACGAACAACGACCCUGAGGCAGCAGGACCAAACACCGCACCAUCAGCAGACGUCUAGACAUCGAUCAUGGCGACGCCCGCACCUGAGCAGCCGCCACCGGGCCAGGAGGCGAAGAAGCUACAUUUCGUGAUAGUUGGCGGGUCGCUGGGCGGGCUGGCGGCGGGGAUCGCGCUGACGGCGCUGGGGCACGACGCGACGAUCCUGGAGCGCAACGCGGCGCCGGUGCUGCAGGACCAGGGGGCGGGCAUCGUGGCGGGCGGCGACACGCUGGCCUUCUUCGCGCGGUACGACCGGACCGGGCGGCCGCUCGCGGUGCGCUCCGCGCGGCGCCAGUACCUCGACCGCCGCGGCGCCGUCGUCCACGCCGUCGACGUCGCGCAGAGCAUGACCUCCUGGGACCUCGCGUACCACCUGCUGCGCGCCAACUUCGACGGGCUCGCCAGCGCGUACUGCCCGGCGCCGCCGGCGCCCGCCCCCCCCGGCCGCGGCCGCGCCACGCACCUGCACGACCGCCGCGUCACGCGCUUCGAGGAGGAGGCCGGCGGCGGCGUGCGCGCGUUCUGGCGCACCGCCGCGGGCGCCGAGGGCAGCACCCUCGGCGACGUGCUCGUCGGCGCCGACGGGCCGAGCUCGACCGUGCGCGCCCUCCUCGAGCCCGCCGUCGCGCGCACCUACGCCGGGUACUGCGCGCUGCGCGGCACGCUGCCCGAGGCCGCGGCCAGCGCGGCGACGCGCGCCGCGCUGUGCGAGCGCUUCACCUUCUUCCACGGCCCCGGCGUCCAGUGCCUCGCGUACCUGAUCCCGGGGCGCGCCGGCGCGGUCGAGCCGGGCCGCCGCCUCAUCAACUUCGUGUGCUACGCCAACUUCCCCGCGGGGUCGCCCGAGCUCGCGCGCGUGCUGACCGGCCGCGACGGCCGCCGGCGCCAGGUCACGAUGCCGCCGGGGAUGACGGACCCGGGGGCGUGGGAGGAGCAGCGGGCGUGGGCGCGCGCGGCGCUCCCGCCGCCGCUCGCCGAGGUGGUCUGCGGCGCCGAGCGCCCGUUCGUCCAGGCCGUGACGGACGUGCUGAGCCCCCGCAACGAGUACCUCGGCGGCAAGGUGGUGCUGCUGGGCGACGCGCUGGCCGGGUUCCGCCCGCACACGGUCGCGUCGACUUCCCAGGCCGCCUUCGACGCCAUGCUCUACGCCGACUACGUCGCCGGCCGCGUCUCUCGCGACGAGUGGAUCCGCCAGACCCUCGGCUUCGCCCGCUACAUCCAGCGCCGUGGCGUCGACAUGGGCGAGCGCAGCCAGCACCAGGACCUCCCGCUCGAGGAGUACAUCCGCGACCGCGACGUCGCUUCCACACCGCGCGAGCAAGAGGUCUUUCCCGAUUGGGCGACGGCGAUAUGAGGAAAGGAGGGGAAGGAAAGCUUUGUCUGGGACAUAUAUAUGCUGUUGAAAUGGCUAUCGCGUGUGCUAAGA